CCCAACUAUAGUUGGGACCGAUACUACAUAUCAGCUAAAACCCGCUCCAGGGAUUUGAAACUGCAGAGAGUGCAGAAGCCACUCAUCAAAGGGAUUACAGCCCUGGCUCAAUCUUGUACUGGCACACUGACUGCCGAACAGGAGGAUGGCUACGCAUUGCUGGCAUCAGCCAAUGUUGAACUUAAAAGUUUGCGAAAAGAGCUCAUCCGACCUGACAUGAACCAAAAAUAUGCUCACUUAUGCAAGCCGUCCACAAAAGUGACCCAAUUGCUAUUUGGUGACGACUUGGGGAAACAGGUUAAAGAACUCCAAGAGGAGCAGAAAGCCACACUUGGCGUGAUGCGCUUCACAGGACAACAACGAAGGGGGUUUCAACCCUACCAUCCCUACAGCCCCUGAAAACAGACGCUUUCAGGCUGCAGGCUGGAAAACCAGUGGCAGUGCCAGUGCCCUUUUUUUAGGGGGAAACGUCAAUGCCAUGAAAAUGCGACAAAACUUUCAACACCACCGUCGUCCAUUCGGACCUGCGGCUCACAAUCAGCGAAGGACCCAGUCAGUCCGAACCUCAAACAUGUAAAGAAGACGUCCUAAGUGACACAAGACCUACUGCAAUGGAGACUGUCCGGCGAUCCUUCGAAGGCAGAGGAAUUCCAGAGGCAGCUACCAACAUCAUCAUGUCAUCCUGGCGACAAUCCACCCAGAAACAGUACAGUGGAUUCAUCGAACGCUGGAUUGACUUUUGCAGUAAGAGGGCGACAAAUCCUAUGCACACCAAUGCCGUCCACAUUGUUACAUAUUUAACUGAACUUUUUAAUGUUGGGCUUAGUUACAACUCGUUAAAUGUUGCACGUAGUGCUCUUUCAUCGUUCGUUGUUUUAGAGGGUGAUUCUGCUGUUGGAAAUCACCCCUUGAUCAGCCGUUUUCUUAAAGGUGCAUACACACAAAGGCCCCCUGCACCAAGAUACAGUUCAAUUUGGGAUGUUCAAGUUGUAUUUGACUAUCUGCACCGACUGUCUCCAGCCGGCACACUGUCCCUCAAAGACCUGACCCUCAAGUUGGCAAUGCUGAUUGGUUACAGCACAGAGAAGAAAGACUCUGCACAAACUACGUCUGGACAUGGUGCAGCUUAAACACGACGUGGUUAUUUCACCAUUGCCGAUCUGUUAAAGCAAAGUCGCCCUGGCAAUACUGGACUGGUGGUCACCUUGAAAGCAUAUCCACCAGACAGGCGUUUGUGUGUUCACACCUACCUAAAACAGUAUCUUGCUCGGACUGAACACCUACGACGCAAGGAUUCUAGGAACAUACCACAGAGCAACAGCUUUUCAUCAGUUUCAAACUCCCCCAUGCUGCUGUUGGCAAGGACACCGUUGCUCGAUGGUUGAACACAGUUGCUGCUCCAAGCAGGAGUCGAUACAUCACAAUUCAAGGCACACUCGACACGAGCAGCGGCAACGUCAGCUGCUCAUAAAUUGGGAGUGCCAAUUUCAGACAUUUUGAAAACUGCAGGGUGGGCGACAGAAACCACCUUUCAAAAGUACUAUAACAAACCUGUGCAGGCCACUCCAGAAAUGGCACACAGCCUGCUUUCCAGUUACGAUCCAAUUUAAGAGGAAAGUCAUGCAUUCGUGCUGGAUUGAAUACAGUCAUGAGUUUUAUUAACAGUUGUUUUUGAACAAAUUUGUUGUUUCCCUAAAAAAUUACAAAAGGGAGCACCCAAUGGUGAGCUGUUGUGCUCACAUUUUCAGAUAAUAUGGAGUUUUCAGGUAUUUGCCAAGUUUAUUAACAUAAGACACAUACAGUGUAUAUAUCAAUUUGUCUUGCCUCUUGCCCAGGAUAGGCAAUAAAUAAUUGAUGAAUGUGUACCAACAUAGUGUUUCCCUGAACGUGAAGGUUUGAGUGCAGUGAAAUUAAAGAAGUAAAACAGCACUAUAACACA